CUCUCUCUCUCUGUGUGUUUCUCUCUCAUCAUUUCCUUCAUUCAUGGCUUUUCUUCAAUAUUAUCAUCAAUUUCCACUUCUUUUACUCUUUUUCUUCUUGUUGUUCAUCUCUUUAUCACAUUCUUCACCUAUGUCCAUUCAUGAUCUCCUAAAAUCCAAAGGCUUACCAUAUGGUCUUCUCCCAAAAGAAGUAAAAUCUUAUAAUUACUCAUCAAAUAAUGGGCUUCUUGAAGUUUAUUUGGAUGGGCCUUGUUUGACUAAGUUUGAUACAAUAGCCUUUUAUGAGAGUUAUUUGAAAGCUAAUCUUACUUAUGGUAGCCUUAAUGGUGUUCAUGGACUUUUACAAGAAGAGUUAUUUGUGUGGCUACCAGUUAAAGGAAUUAUUGUUGAUGAUAUAAAUUCUGGGAUUAUACUUUUUGAUAUUGGAUUGGCUCAUAAACAACUUUCACUUUCACUUUUUGAAGAUCCACCACAUUGUAAUCCAAAUGGAAUUCUGAAAAAGAAUACUGGAACAAGACAGAGAUUUGAAGCACAAAGAAAGAAAAUGUUGUCUUGUGACUAAAAUAUUUACUUAUAAUAAUAGUUGUUGUGUUUUUAAUCCGAGGUUCGGUAUCUAUUUUGGAGUCUGACUAAUUCAGACUUCAUAUCAUGACUAAUACUUGAAACUUCUGAUUAAGAAUAACGGAAUGUUUACUUGUGGUAGUGUACUAGCACAUAUUAGUUUCUUGAAAUUGUAGGAUAAGAGUCUCUAUUUAAAUGGAGGGCUGUAGAGAUA